AUCUAGACUUGCGGUUAGUUAGAAUCGCGGCCCCCAAGUGCACAGUUCCCGAAAUGAAGCCGAAGCAAGCAGUACUAGAGAUCUCCAGUCAGUCGGAAAAGCCGCCAGAAAAGUGGGGCAAUGGACUGGAGUUCCUCUUCUCCUGCAUCUCCCUCUCGGUGGGCCUGGGCAACAUCUGGCGAUUCCCCUACAUAGCCUUCCAGAACGGGGGCGGCACCUUCGUCAUUCCGUAUCUGAUUGCCCUUCUGGUGAUUGGGCGUCCUGUCUACUACCUGGAGAUAUCCCUGGGCCAGUUUGUCGGUAGCGGCGUGGUCAAGGCUUUCGAUAUGGCUCCCAUACUCAAGGGAGUGGCUGCGGGCCAGGUCCUGGCCACGGCUGCCUCCAUCACCUACUACUCCAGCAUCAUGGCCCUGACUCUGCGCUUCCUGCUGGCCUCCUUCGGGGCCGAGCUGCCCUGGAGCCGUUGCUGGGAGAGCUGGGGCAGCGACUGCUACGACGGAGGCUCUAAUCGGACCAGCGUGGGCAAGAUGUCUCCAGCCCAGCUCUACUUCGAACGCGAAGUCCUCCACGAGGUGCCCAACAUAGACAAUGGCCUGGGCAUGCCAAAUUGGCAGUUGGUGGCCUGCCUGGCGGUGGCCUGGCUCAUAAUCGGAGGAGUCCUGAUCCGGGGCAUCAAGAGCAGCGGCAAGGUGGCCUACUUCCUCGGCGUGUUCCCCUACGUGGUCCUGAUCAUCCUGCUAAUCAGAGCCCUAACCCUGCCCGGUGCCAUGGACGGGAUUGUUUACUUCUUCAAGCCCCAGUGGCGGGAACUUUUCAACCCCUUGGUGUGGUACGCGGCCGUGACCCAGGUGUUCUUCUCGCUGGCCAUUUGCUUCGGGACCCUGAUCACCUAUGCCAGCUACAACAACUUUAACCGGAAUGUGUACAAUGACAUCGUGAUAAUCACCACCAUGGACUCGUGCUCCUCCAUCAUCGCCGGGUGCAUCACCUUCGGCAUUCUGGGGAAUCUGGCCCGCGAGACGGGCGUCUCGGACAUUGGCAGCGUAGUGAAGGGUGGGGCGGGACUGGCCUUCAUCUCCUACCCGGAGGCCAUUGCCAAGUUCGAGUUUGUGCCACAGAUGUUCGCGGUCCUUUUCUUCCUCAUGCUCUUCGUCCUAGGCAUCGGCAGCACCGUGGGCAUGGGCUCCUGCAUCCUGCGCGUCAUCCGGGAUCAAUUCGGACCUCGUUCGCCGCCCAUCUGGAAGCUGGCCAGUGGCCUGGCCAUUCUCGGCUUCAGCGUGAGCAUCGUGUACAUGACCCCGGGUGGUCAGUUUAUCCUGAAUCUGGUGGACUUUUACGGCGUGUCCUUUACCGCCUUGAUCCUGGCCAUUGGCGAGCUGCUGGCCGUGGCUUGGAUUUAUGGUGUUCAUCGCUUCUGUGCGGACAUCAAGCUGAUGAUGGGCAUUGAGACGGGCUGGUACUGGCGCCUUUGCUGGCGGUUCGUCACUCCUGGCCUGAUGUUCGCCGUGCUCAUCUACAUGCUCCUGGACAUGUCUGCCCUGACCUACAAGGGAGUGGCCUAUCCUGGCCUAGCACACGCUUUCGGCUGUGUCCUGGCCGCCUUGGGACUCCUCCAACUGCCCGGCUGGGCCUGGUAUGCCGUCUACAAGCAGCGUGGCCAACACGGCAGCUUCUGGCAGAGAGUACGUGCUGCCUGCAAGCCUGGAGACUCCUGGGGACCGGCCAACGUUCAGCUGGAUGCCGCCAUCUAGAAAAUUAGCGUAGUCCCCACACUGCGUAUACGUAAUGGCCUAAGUCGGGGGCAUUAUUAUUUGAUAUGGGCCAGGGAUGGCCCGAGACGGACUAGCGACGGCCCAGAGAAUGGGUGGAGAACAAAGUGUAAUAUAUUAGAAGCCGAAAACAUGCUGGCUUAUUCCAGCGAAACAGUUUAAUAGCCCGAAGGAGCUGGCUGGAAGUUGCAACUCCUGCUGCUGCAAGGACUUUUAAUUACCCCGGAGCAGGGGAGCCAGUUGGGCGUGGCAGUUGCACUCUUUAGUUGCCUGAGUGCGUGAGUUUGUUUCUGUGUUUGUGUUUCUGUUUCUGUAUUUGUGUUUGUUUUUUGUUUUCGUGUUUGUGUGGCAGUCUGCUUGGCAUGUCAGACAUGUCAGCAAUGCGGAAAUGCGCAAAUACCUAAUGAAAAUGCUAGAAAAUGAGGUUUCCAAUAAGCAUAACGACAUGGGGA